AGCCACAUGUGUGUUGGCGUUGAGCACCUGCGGCCAUGGCGGGAUUUAGGAAUGUGAUGGCGGGAAACCAUCACUCCCACAACCCCUUUUAAACACUCCGCCCUCUCCUCUGAUUUACUUCCAUUCUCUGUUUUGAAAUGGGUAAAAGAAAGAAGACUGCGAUUCAUGAAGAAAACAUAGAAGAAGAUGAACAAAAACAGCAAAACAAUCGCGGUGAAUCUUCAUCUUCUUCAGAUGAUAAGAGCUUGUACGAGAUUCUUGGGGUGGAAAGAACUGCAUCUCAGCAGGAAAUAAAGAAGGCAUAUCAUAAGUUGGCAUUGCGGCUCCAUCCUGAUAAGAAUCCUGGCGAUGAGGAUGCCAAAGAAAAGUUUCAGCAACUGCAGAAAGUUAUUUCGAUACUUGGUGAUGAGGAGAAACGGGCACUUUAUGAUCAGACUGGCUGUGUUGAUGAUGCUGAUCUUGCUGGGGAUGUGGUUCAAAAUUUGAAGGACUUCUUCCGGACUAUGUACAAAAAGGUUACAGAAGCUGAUAUUGAUGAGUUUGAAGCCAAUUACAGAGGAUCUGAGUCAGAGAAAACUGAUUUGAUUGAUCUUUACAAGAAGUACAAAGGUCAUAUGAACAGGCUCUUCUGCUCCAUGUUGUGCUCAGAUCCCAAGCUUGAUUCACAUCGAUUCAAGGAUAUCAUUGAUGAAGCAAUUUCAACUGGAGAGGUGAAGUCAAUGAAAGCAUACCAGAAAUGGGCUAAACAGAUCUCUGAAACAAAACCACCAACAAAUCCAUUGCAGCGUAGGAGGAAAUCAAAAAAAGAGUCGGAUGAUCUAUACGCUAUCAUUUCACAGCGGCAAAGUGAGAGGAAAGGGCGGCUAGAUGCAAUGUUCUCAUCCUUAGUUGGUAAAUACGGUGGAGAUGAACCAUCUUCAGAACCUACUGAAGAAGAGUUUGAAGCAGCCAGGGAAAAACUAAAAAAACGCAAGGGUUGUAAGAAAUCCAAGUAAACGCAAUCUGACACCGGUACUCAACUCUUCUAGUAUCCUCUCUCUUGUAGGUCCUGUUCUGCAUGUUGCCUUGAUAGACUUGUUUUUAGGACCUUCUUUGAAUGUUUAUAAAUACUUGAUGGUGUCGUCUCU